AUGACGGUGCAAUCAUCGUCGCUUCACCAUAUUUUGGUUUCCGUUAAUGAUGGUAUUCAUCCAUCUUGGGAUUUUUGUGGUUUGUAUGGGUGGAGUCGAACUGAAGAACAUGUUUUGACUUGGGAUCUCAUGCGUUCUUUUACUCCAUAUGUUCAAGAGAGCUGGAUAUGUGCUGGAGAUUUCAACGAAACUAUGUUCCACUUUGAGAAGAGGAGAGGAAACUUGAAAGCGGAUGAGAGAUUAAUGGAUUUUAGAGAGACUGUGGAUUUGUGUGGUUUAUCGGAUCUUAGUUUUAUGGGGGAUCCCUUCACUUGGAGUAACAAUCAGCAAGGUGUUGAUAAUAUAAUGGAACGACUCGAUAGAGCCCUUGGUAGUGCAACAUGGGCUGCUAUGUUCCCGGGCUAUGAAGUCUCUCACUUGCUGCGAAAGUCCAGUGAUCACUGCCCAAUUCUACUCAAUCUCGACAAGGAUUUGAGGGAGAUACAAAACCGUCCUAAGCCAUUUCAUUUUGAGGCAAUGUGGUUGAAGGAUGACCGUUGCUUACCCUUUUGUGCAAAUUUGUGGAACUCUGCUGAGGGGCGGAAAAAACGUAACUACAUUCGGGAGAUUCAGAAAGCUGAUGGUACUACUGUGCGUGCUAAUGAUGAGUUAGAUGAGGUGUUUUGGUCUCACUUUCAAACGCUCUUCACGUCGGGAUCAACCCAUAACCCUGCUGAAGUUCUUCAAUCCAUUGAACCUGUGGUCACUACAGAAAUGAACCGGAAUCUUACCGCUCCUUACACUCAGACGGAGAUUGAGCAAGUUCUCAAUCAAAUGCACCCCCUUAAGGCCCCGAGGCCUGAUGGUAUGCCUGCUUUAUUCUAUAAAUCUUGUUGGUAUGCCGCUAAGUUUGAUUUAGUUCAUAUGAUUCUUGAUGUCCUGAAUAAUGGUGUGUCUCCUGGCCCUAUUAAUUCUACUUUUAUUUGCCUUAUUCCCAAAAAGAAAAAGUGUGUCUUGCCGUCUGAUUUCCGUCGUAUAAGCCUAUGUAAUGUGGUUGAUAAAAUCAUCUCCAAAGCUAUUACCAAUCGCCUUAAGCUAUGUCUCCCUUCUAUUAUCCAUGAGAGUCAGUCAGCGUUUGUCCCUGGGCGUCACAUAACUGAUAAUGCUUUGCUUGCUUUCGAGAUCUUUCAUAUAUUGAAACUUAAUAAGGCCAAAGCUCAUGGUAUCUUUGCUUUUAAACUUGAUAUGGCAAAGGCUUAUGAUCGUGUUAAGUGGGGUUUUUUGGAGUCUAUUAUGCUGCACUUAGGAGCCAGCUUUGAGCCUAGCAGAGGACUUCGCCAGGGAGACCCUCUGUCUCCAUUUCUUUUCCUCUUUUGUGCCGAGGCGCUUUCUGGUCUGCUACGCAAAGCUGAGACGAAUAAUCUUUUGCAUGGAGCUCGCAUUUGUCGAACGGCCCCGAGAGUGAGCCACAUUCUUUUUGCAGAUGAUUGUAUCAUUUUUGGGUGUGGCAAUUCGAUGGAGGUGUCUGUUGUGAGUGGGAUUAUCAAGACUUAUGAGGGAGUUUCUGGCCAAUUGGUGAACUUAGAUAAAUCUAUUAUUGAUUUUAGUGGUGGCAUUGAUGAUAAUAUGCAACAACAGCUGGCGGAGCAACUGGGGGUCCAACGGAGUGGGCAAAGAUCGACUUACUUGGGUAUUCCAAAUUCUGUGGGAAGAGCAAAGAACGAGAUCUUUCAAAUGUUGGUUGAUAGAACAAGAAAAAAGUCUAAAGAUUGGAAAAUGAGGUUUCUUUCUGGAGCAAGCAAGAUGUUGAAUAGUGUGGUGCCGCGCUUCUUUUGGGGUCAAAAAACGAUGAAAGGUGCAUUCACUAGAGAAGUUGGAAGAGGUUAUGUAUGGCGAAAGGAGAGGGUGGACUUGGAUUCCGAGAUAUUAGUCUCUUUAACCAAGCUAUGCUGGCCAAACAAGCUUGGAGGCUACUUACAUAUGACAGUUCACUUCUUACCCGAUCUUUAA